GCGAACUCAGUCAGUUUGAUAGCGUUAUCAGAAGCAGUAAACAUGUUCUGGGUGUUAGCAGUAUUACUGUUAGUUACAGGCGGAAGAGCAAAUAAAUGCACCUUGAACUAUGAGCCUUCUUAUCCUGCCAUUUUCACGCAAAAGAUCGGAUCCAAUAACAUUAUUCUCAGCGCAAGAGGUGGCCAACUAUCUUGGGAUGAUAGAACAAUGGUGAAUGCUUACUGCCCGGCCGGAUUCAGACAUUUGGCACUUAAAAAUCCUCACAAUUAUGAAGACAAUUUCGAUUAUGACACCGACGGCAAUCGUGUCUACCAACAAAGUCCUGACAUGAGCCAUUUGAAGAACAUUGUACUUUCGUGCCAGGACGUCCAAAUGAUGUUUGAAGGGUCAAAAAUUCAAAAUGAUGGACAGCUUAGUUGUUCUACAACAUCCAAGUAUUACGAAACAGUGGUGCCUGCAUGCAAAUAUCGGGGCCUUGCCUAUGGUUUCUUCAUAGGGAAACAGGCCGUAGUUCUGGCAGAAGUCUGCUACCAACUGGAUCUUCUGCAGCCCACCUUCCUGCAUUACGUAGCUGGUGAUCGUAGCACUAUCCUUGAGCAUCAGUCAACCCAUAAUGUUGCUAACUUGACGACUCCCUCCGUCGAGGUUUUCAUUGAUGACAGCAACCUGGAAGUUGAGAUGCAAUCUUUAUUGGAAGCAGUGCAAGAAUCAAUUCCUGAAUACGCAACCGUGGUACAAUAUAAAUUAGAUGAAUUUAUUCCUUUGAAAGAGUCAUUGGGCGUUUUUGGAUCCUACACCAAUGACUUUCGUAGUGUGAAUAUGAUCCCUUGGUGGACAUCUUUGAAACUUGGUAACUGGAGGUCAAUCGAAGAAGCCAUCGAAACCAUAUCAAGAAAUGAAACGUAUGAUAUUUUUGCUGGUAUCUCAGGUGUUGUGAUCUACCCCAACAAUGAUAAGUGCUUGUCCACCGGUACCCUUACAUAUAAAGCAGUUCCAUAUGUUCGAAAUGUACCAAAAUAUAUUUGGAAUUACAUUAGGAAAACGAAGCAUCCUGAUGAGGGUGUCGUUGUCAUUGGUGUCAAUACUCCAUUCCUUGAUAGCUCGAAAGGCGACUACAUCAUUUGCCAGGAUAUCUGUGACAGUAUUUCAUGGCUUAACUCCAUGAAAAUGACUAGAAAAAUGGCAGGACUUGGUUAUAUAUUUUGUUGCAAGCCAGCAGAAGUAAAAGAUAAAUUGGAUAAUUUCCCAAUUUUUUGAUUCAAAAAUGUUAUGUGCUAAUUGUAUUUCCUUUAAUAGAGCUAAGCCGGCGUAAAUAUGUAUCGUUAGCAUAAAUAAAAUCCAAGGCUAACAAAAAUUAAAAAAUUAAUA